GAAUCUCGAGAGUUGCAUGAGUAUAAUAACUUAUAAUUCAACUUCCAAAGGCCCUGUGUAAAAUUGGAGAGGUGUGAAAUGGAGCAAUUUCGAGAGAUAGGAGAGGUAUUAGGAAGCAUAAGAGCGUUAAUGGUGUUCAAGGACGACAUUCAAAUCAACCAGCGUCAAUGCUCUCUAUUACUCGACCUCUUCACCGCGGCCUACGAGUCGAUUUCCGAAUCGAUGAGAUCGAAUCUACGCUUCAAAGAGAAGAACACUAAAUGGAAGAUUCUAGAACAGCCUUUGAGGGAGCUUCUAUGGGUGGUAAGAGAAGGAGAGGCUUAUGUCAGAAUGUCUUUAGAGCCUAAACUUGGGUUUUGGGCUAAGGCUAUAGUGUUGCAUUGCAAUAGAGAUUGCACAGAGCUUCACAUACAUAACUUGCUCUCUUGUCUACCGAUCAUUGUCGAGGCUAUUGAGACAGCGGGUGAGGUUUCAGGGUGGGAUGAAGAAGAGAUGAGCAAGAAGAGGUUGGUGCAUUCUAACAAGUAUAUGAAGCAAUGGAAUGACUCUCAGAUGUUUACCUGGAAGUUCGGGAGAGAGUAUUUGGUGACCGAAGAUUUCUGCAACCGGUUCGAGAGUGCUUGGACAGAGGACCGUUGGAUUCUAAUCAAGGAGCUUCAGGAGAAAAAGCAGCCCAGUUUGAGCAAACAUGAUUGGAAGAUGGCUGAUUUCCUUUUGAAGCAUUUGGGAGAUGGUAAUGAGAGUCCCAAGCUAUUUCCGUCUUCUCUUCUGGUAAACACGAAAGAUUACCAAGUGAAAAAAAGAUUAGGGAAUGGAAGUCAGUACAAGGAGAUUACUUGGUUAGGCGAGAGCUUUGCGCUUAGGCAUUUCUUUGGGGAUAUUGAUACUUUGCUUCCCAAGGUUACUCCAUUGCUAUCUCUUUCACACCCAAACAUUGUUUAUUACCUCUGCGGAUUCACGGAUGAGGAGAAGAAAGAAUGUUUCUUGGUCAUGGAACUGAUGAGUAAAACCCUUGGUAUGCACAUCAAAGAGGUAUGUGGUCCGAGGAAGAAGAACACUCUCUCCCUCCCGGUCGCGGUUGAUCUGAUGCUUCAGAUAGCUUUGGGUAUGGAAUAUCUUCACUCGAAGAGAAUAUACCACGGAGAGCUGAAUCCAUCUAACAUUCUUGUCAAACCAAGAAGUCACCAAUCCGGAGAUGGGUAUCUGCUUGGGAAGAUUUUUGGGUUCGGGUUGAAUUCUGUCAAGGGCUUCUCUAGUAAAAGUGCUUCUUUGACGAGUCAGAAUGAGAAUUUUCCAUUCAUAUGGUAUUCUCCCGAAGUUCUAGAGGAGCAAGAACAGAGCGGAACAGCAGGAAGCCUCAAGUAUACUGAUAAAUCUGACGUGUAUAGCUUCGGGAUGGUUUGCUUUGAGCUUCUGACAGGUAAAGUACCAUUUGAAGAUAGCCACCUGCAAGGAGAUAAGAUGAGUAGAAACAUUAGGGCUGGGGAGAGACCGCUUUUUCCAUUUAAUUCACCUAAAUUCAUAACAAACCUGACAAAACGAUGCUGGCAUGCUGAUCCGAAUCAGCGUCCAACUUUCUCAUCGAUAAGCAGAGUUCUCCGGUAUAUCAAGCGAUUUCUAGCUUUGAACCCAGAGUAUCACAGUAGUAGCCAACAAGACCCGUCCAUUGCUCCUCCUGUGGAUUACUGGGAGAUCGAGUCUAAGCUAUUGCAGAAGCUUUCAUGGGAAUCUACAGAGUUAACUCAAGUUUCACAGGUUCCUUUUCAAAUGUUUGCAUAUAGGGUGGUGGAACGGGCACAAACUUGUAAAAAGGAUAAUCUCCGGGAAACAUCGGAAUCAGGUAGUGAAUGGGCUUCCUGUAGCGAGGAUGAGGGUGGGGCAGGAUCAGAUGAGCAGGUGUCAUAUGAGAAGGAGAGAAGAUUGUCAUGCUCAAGUGAUGUUGGUAUGAGCAAGAAGCAUGUUUCAAAUCUUCUGAAAAGAGCUUCUAGCCUGAAACCAAUUCAAAAACCAGGAACAACUCCGAGAGGACGAUCAAGGCAUCCGCCACUAAGCCCAUGUGGGCAAAGCAUGAGAGCAAACUCUGAGAGUCAACUGAUAUUGAUAAGCCCAAGGAUACGACGAUCAAACUCUGGCCAUGCCUCUGACUCUGAACUUUCCUAGUCUG